AUAGGGUCAUUAAUUGCUUAAUAAUUGGGGAGAAUUAUGCCUCGGAAAAAUCACAUUGGUUCUGGAAAGCGCCGAAGGGAUCAAGUGGGAUUUUUGGAGCAUUAUUAUUUCUCGACAUGAUACUAAACGCUGAAUCAAACUACCUUAGGUUUCGCUUUCGAGAAAACGGUCAAAGAGAGGGAUUUGGAAAAAGAAAAACAAGCACUGGCAGAACUCCAUAAACCGCGCUGGUUUCCCCCCGCGACCAGAAGGGCCCCGAUCGUACCAUAAUGGUUGUCACAGUUGGGCUGGGUUUUGCCGAGACACCACAAGGGCCCAAGCCAACGCCAAGCCUCUCCUACCUUGCUGUGUCAACUGGAGAGCAAGAGAAAGGAAAACUUACUUCUAAACAAAUUCCCUUUUUCCUUUUCCCCCACGGGCUCACGCCGAUACAGCAGCCGACCAACUCGCCUUUCAUCCAAGAAUGACUGCACGGCCAGACGCUCCGACUGAUGUAAAGCGUCAGGGUUUGAGAAUGAUGGGCCCUUCGUCUCUAUCUGCGGUGAAGAGAAAAGCGGAUGAAUUGGAGGAGCAAGUCACGAGUGUCAAGCAUGGGGAGGAGGAGAACCAUGGGAGCACAGAGACGAACAGAACAGCUAAGAGGAGAAAGAAGGAGAAGAAGAAGGAGAAGAAGAAGAAGAAGGACAAUGGGUCUAAAGGGGACAACGAAGAUAAGGGCAAAAAAGAGACCUUUAUGGAAGUCACUACAAGGGUGGAGGAGUCUUUGGAUGAAAAUACUCACGCUAAGGGUUUGGAAGGUGAACCCGUUGACAGUAAUAAAACCAGUGAUUGCGGCACCUCCGCACUAAAGCAGAAGAAGGAAGAGGAGAAGGAUAAAAAGAAGGGUAACAAAGAUAAGAAAGGAAAGGUAUUGAAAAAGGACCAAACGCAAACGCAAUCUCAUCACGAAAUGCCCGACGACCAAUCGGACGGUAGGAAGCGCAAUGCUAGGAGUUCACCAGACGAGGAGAACAGCGAGAAAGACAAGAAGAGAAAGAAGGCGACGAGUUUGGAGGAUGUAAAAGAGCAGGAAAAGAAGUGCACCACAUCACCAUCACCGCCACCACAGCCAGAAAAACACCAUACCACUCCUCCCUCAAUCAAAACCGUCACGACUCCAAAGUCCCUCCUCAAGAAGUCCAACAAUAAAACUCCCACCCCGCGCACAAAGACAGUCACCUUUGCUGACGACGCCAAGUCCACAGACGGUGACUCAAUCGCCAACACAAUUCGUUCCCCCGGAGGUACCGGUGGCAGGAGUAAUAUUCCGCGCCUACCGGUAUCCCCACAACCCCAUCCAGCACUGCUGGAGCAACAGUCCUUCUCACCCGCCGCUACCACAGCCACCACUCAGCAGGGGGUUCUCUCACACUCCCCAAACCUAUCUGAAGACCACAGCAACCAACAACAGAAUACAAAGCCGCAAAUCGCCUACCUCCUAAACUAUUACCAAGCCCGCUCCUCCUGGAAGUUCUCGAAGACCAAGCAGAACUGGAUCAUACGCAACAUUUGGAACUUGUCGGAAUUCAGUGCAGAGGUUUUACAGUCUGCUCUAUGGGCUUACGUGAAUGGGUUGGCGGCGCAGGGACCAAAGGAUAGGCUGCUGACCGAAGCUAAGGAGGUUGCAAAGACGCGCCGGGAGGAGUUAGGGGCUGUGGACGCUGAGGAUGACCCCAAGUAUCGCAGGGCGAAGCUGGUACUUACGGCUUUGGGGGAUGAUGAUAUUCCUAGUGAGGAUGAGGGUGGUGAUGCUGAUGGAACGGAUGGGGACAACAAGGAGAAUGUUUGUGCUGAGGGCGGGGAAUAGUUGGGAAACUUCUUUGUGGGAGUUCAUGAUCAUUUGAUAAUAGGGUUAAAGUAGGUGAAGUUUUUUUUGUUUCUAAGCAGGCGACUUGCUGACUUGUUUGGCUGUUCCAUUGGUUGGUUGGUUGUUUGAGUGAUCGAUUGUUUGCUUGCCUGUUUGCCUGUUUGCCUGCUUGUUUGUUUCCUUAUUUGCUUGCCGAGAGUGAGUAUUUCAUAUGCCUCUUCUUUUCGUUCCUGGCACCUCUGCAUCAGGUCUCAUUUGUUCAAAAAAAAAACCACACGGUUUGGUUUCCGUGCUUUCCCCUUAUCCGAACUCCUCCCCAUUUUUUUUUUUCCAAAACCCACUUGUUUUCCCAACCUACUAUUUAGAUUUUUUCUCCCGAAAGGAGCAUCCAACAUUCUCUGCUCUCCAGGCGCCCAUUGUACGUCUCGGGCUGUCGGCAGUCGUUCCUGCGUGGUGUAGGGAAACAUCCAUAUAUAUCAUAUCAUACCCUAACGCGGGUUUGUUUUCUUUUAGUUCUUUCUUUCUUAUUCGUUCAGGAUUGCGGUGGUAGUAGUAGUAUUAUACUGGUGGCGGUUUGCGAUUACUACAAUCGGCACCCCGGUAAUAUAUAGGUGGUUUAAAGAGAGGUGGUUUUGAGUUGGUUGAUUGGUUAUGGUGGUCGGGGGGAGUUCAGUGCCAGUGGUACAUACUGUAUUUGUAGCAGAAGUCGUCUUUAUAAUCAACCAGAGAAUUGGUGUUCCAGUCACCUCUCCUCUUAAUUAACAGAAA